CGUGCCGGUGCUGAUCUUCUAUGCCUUCUUCCAGCGCCAGGUCGUGGCUGCCGUGGCGGGGAGGGCGAUCCGAUGAAACGCUUUCUCCUUGCGGCCUUCGCGCUGCUGCUGGCCACCGGCGCGCAAGCGGCCGAAACGGUCAUCAAGCUCAGCCACUUCUUCGGCGUCUGCGAGGCCGGCUACGGCCGCAACCUCGACCUGGCCAAGGCCAGCGGCGAAUGCCCCACGCUGACGACGCUGGUCAACCGCUUCAACGCCGAGCACCGCGGCCGCUGGCGGGUGCAGAUGCAGGUCAUGGAGCACAGCAGCUACUACCCGCAGCUGGGCGCGCGCCUGGUCGGCCGCGACGUGCCGGCCAUCAGCAUCAUGCAUGCCUCGCAGCUGAACGACUUCGUCAAGCGCGGGCUCAUCGAGCCGCUGGACGGCGCGUUCAAGGCCAGCGGCAUCGCCAGCGACGACUUCACGCCGCACGCCCGCACCGGCGCCAUGCGCAACGGCGCCUUCUACGCGCUGCCGGUGGACAGCCACGCGUGGCUGUGGCACUUCAACACGAAGCUGAUGGCCCAGGCCGGCCUGCUGGACGCCAAGGGCGAGCCGGUGGUGCCGCACAGCCCGGCGGAGCUGAUCGAGCAGGCGCGCCGCUUCAAGGCUGCCACCGGCAAGCCCUACCUGGCGUGGAUGACGGCCAACGACACGGCCUUCUUCGGCCGCACGCUGAUCAACCUGGUCGCGCAGCAGGGCGGCUCGCUGUUCCCGCGCUCGCCGCAGGAGAUCGACCUGCAGAGCCCCGAGGUGGCCGAGGCGCUGCGGCUGUUCCGUGCGCUGGAGAAAGAGGGCCUCACCACGCGCGACAUGGACUACAGCGCCGCGGUGCAGGCGUUCAUGAACGGCCAGGUCGGCAUGAUGAUCAACGGCACCUGGCUGCUGGGCGCGCUGAACGACCAGGCGCACACGCCCGGCACGGCGCUGCAGGGCGCCUACCGCGCCGUGCCGUUCCCGCAGCUCUACGCUAGGCCGGCGGUGUGGGCCGACUCGCACGCCUGGGUCAUGUUCAAGGGCGGCACGAAGACUGCCGAGCAGCGGGCCGGCGCGCUCGCGUUCCUGAAGCACUGGCAUGACCACGACGUCUACUGGGCCGUGACCGGCCAACUACCGGCGCGCAUGUCGUCGCUGAAGAACUCGACCUACCUGAGCCUGCCGCAGCGCCGCGAAAUCGCCCCCACGGCCGACAUCGGCGUGGCGCUGCCGCCCACGGUGUCGCGCCAGUCCCGCAUCAUCGCCAGCACGGGCGAGGCCUUCAACAAGCUGGUGGUGGGCGGGGGCGACGCCGCCGUCGAGCUGCCGCAGGUGCAGACCUCCCUGAACCGCAUGCUGGCGCAUGACGCCCAGUUCAUGAACGCCAACAAGGACUCCCCAUGA